AUGGGUCACAGUCGAACCCGAAUUCCUAAAGGGAUGGCGAACUCGAAACGAUGUCACUCUAAUUGGUUUCGAGAGCACCCGAUACUAGCAUCGAAUUUCAUUUUCUGGGUCAUUGUUCACGAGAUCGCGAAUAAUGCAUUCAAGAACAUUACGAAUGUCGAUAAACUCUUAGCGCAGCACCUACCUAAAGGGAGAGAGUCAUGGACUCUCGAAUGGACGGAAGACGCGAAAAUUCUUCCUUUCUUUAGAAUGGUUACCCCCGAAGGGCCAUCGAAGAAUAAAGCAUUGACGUUCUCAUCACUACGCCAUAACAACAUCGCUCUAGCCAGACGAGAUGGAUUUAAAGACCCACUACGUGUACAUGGCAUUCGGGGCGGCGUUACUAAUAAAAUUGACGCUUAUUACCGCGAUUCUAAUGCUCCUGUUACUCUGAAUGCGGCUACUCGGGAAGAGUUCUCGCAGAGUGAGGAGAUUGCCCUGAUCGAUACAGAGAUUGUCCUGCUUACGAAGCAAAUUUCCGGCAAACCCAAGGAUCACCCAGAGCUGGACGCUAAGCGUACAAAGCUUUACAGUACAAAGGCCAAUAAGCUCCAGGCCCGUACUUCAUCAUUCAUUUCGGCAUGGUGGGAGGCUUCGUAUGAUGCGUAUAUGGCGGGGAACGAAUUUGAAGAACAUGACAAAACCUAUGUCUUCGAGAUACUGGAGAAAUACAUCCGACAGCGCGCUCGUCUUAAAUAA